UUCUGAAAAGCAUCACCGGAUCCUCUGGAUAAAGACCAGCCUCAUAGCAGGGCUAGGAGAGAGGAUUUCUGCUCAGGGCUAAGACAUGAAACAGAUGUGAGGAAGCAGCAGUAUGGAGCUCAAGAGAGGAAAGACCUUCAUAAAAUCCAGUGUGCAACAUGAGAAAGUGCCACCAGCACACACCGCUCCUAUAAACAGAGAUGGCAUGGGCAAGGACAAAAGGGCGGCUCUGGAGGGAAACCAAAGUGUAGCCCAAGUCCAGCUGGCAUGUUUGGCCACCCACAAGAACUACAGAUUUUCCAGCAGAGCAGCAAGGGGUGGGGCUGGUGACAACAGCCUGGAAAAGCCAUCUGGGACCUCCUACAAACUCGUGAGGAAGAGUAAAACCCACGACUGUGUUAGUGAGGCUGACAAAAGUGAGCCGAGUGGCCCCAGCAGCAGGGUUUGUGAGGAAGGGUUUUCUGCAAAGGCCAAGGGGCGACUUGUCAAUAGCGUCAGCUUUUCAGGGAUGUCCAGUUCCAGCAGCAAGAAAGAGUGCGUGGUCAACCCCAGCCCGUCCGCCUGCAGCAGCCAGAUGAUUGAUUACAGGAACUUUGUGCCACAGAUGCCUUUUGUACCGGCUGUCGCAAAAACUAUUCCCAGGAAGAGGAUAUCCCUCAAGAGAUCAAAGAAAGGGCUCAGAGAUAUAUUUCAUAUAAAAAAAAGUAAACCAGAAAGCCUCACAUUCCUGGUUGAGAAGGACAAGAAUCUGUCCUCCCCAGGCUGCAAGAGUGAGAUGCCUAGGCGUCUUGCAAAGUCCCUUUUCAAAACUGGAGAAACAUUUGCUGCCGACUGCUUGUCCCAAGACUGCUCGGACAAUGAGCUGCAGUCCGACUCUUCCUAUGACUGCUGCAAUGCUCUGUGUGAAGAUGUCGCAUCUCUGAAGAGCUUUGACUCCCUCACUGGCUGCGGAGAAAUCUUUGCUGAUGAGAGCUCUGCUCACCUGGAGCUGGAAGGCAACAAAGAAGUCCUGGUGAGACGGAGCAAGCACAAGGAGAGCCCUGUCAUGGGCUCCUUCCAGGGUGGCGUGGAGCAGCUGGCCUCCCCUGGCCAGAAUGAGGCCGUUGAAUUUGCAAAGUUUUGGGACAACAUUAACAAAUCAGUGAGGCUGCAUCAGAGCAUGCUGUUUGAUAAGAAGGUACUGAAGAUCCCCGGUUCUGACAAGGGAAAAGCCGGAGGCCAGGCUGCUGCACCUCCCACAGGCCCCCAGAUGCCACCUGAUAAAGAUAGGGACAAUUCCAAAGAGAGCUCCACAGAAACUGGAACACCAAAGAGUGACAACCAGGAAUCCAUAUCCACAAGUGAUGAAGGCUACUAUGAUUCAUUCUCUCCUGGACAGGAUGACGAAGUGAAGGAAGCUCAGACCCCUGGGGUCCCAGGCAGAUUUCCAAGAGACAGCUACAGUGGAGAUGCCCUUUAUGAACUCUUCUAUGACCCAAAUGAAGUAAAAAUAAACCCAGUCGUAGAUGAUGACUUGUGUACAUCUGAAAGCAUUUCAGAACAAGCCAUUGAAAUCCCCUUGUCCAUCUACAGCUUUCAUGUUGGAGCUGAGGAAAACAUGGCUUCCCAGCCAGCUGUAGACAUUAUCAGCCAGGGAUUUUUCCACAGCACGUGGAAAGGCAAAGAAUGCUUGCUAAAGCUCUGUGAUACUGAGCUUUCACUAACCAUGGGGAUAAUAAACUGGCUGCGAAAACAUGCGGGGCUUGUUUCCUCCCCAGGCUCUCUGCAGAGUCCCAGAUCACAGCCAGAAGAGUGUAAUGACUCACUGAUCACUCCCAGUCCCAGUCCAGAGCAGAAAGUUAGCACAGAGGCUCAGCAGGAGAAAAAGAGCCAGGAAGAAUCUAAUACACCUAACCUAGGGGUGUUUUUGGAUGAAGGCAAGGCUGCAACCCAGACCUCUUCAGUAAAUGUUGCUGAAAGAGACUCCUCCGCUCACACAGCUAAUCUGGCCUUCCAAGGAAGGGAAGGGAGCCACUGCCAGGACUCACCUACAGUGCCUGGGGCUGUGGAAACCACCGGAGCAUCAAACAGUGUACCACAGUCAUGGGCUAACGGGGACGACAUGCAGCCAUCUUCAACUGAGGAUGAGAAGGUGACAAUGUCAGAAGGAUGCCAGAUAUCUGGAGGUGAAAACCCCCUGACAGAAAGUUUGAGCAGACACAGUGGCUCACAGAGCUCUGAAAACCCUCUGCUAAAUGACAAUCAUGAUGUAGAGUCUUGUUAUUCCCACAAGACUGCUGCGACCUCACCCCUGGAUCCCCUGGAGAGGGAGGACAGAAGUGAAGCAGUAUACCACUCCCUGUCCAUGUGCAACGAGCUGCUGCAGCCUCUCACUCUCAGACACUUCCAGGGCUACAUCAGCCCCACAGCGCAGGAGAGCAGCGUUGGCAUAGUGCAGCUCUUGGAGCAGUGCAUGACACAAAUGGCAUCAUUAAAAAUCAGCUACGACAGCAAGUACCUGGAAGACAGCUGUGUUGAAAAUGACGUGAACAAUAUUAUCUGUAAGAUGUCUCAGUACAAAAACAAGCUAUUGUUGCAAAAUGAAUGCAACUGCACUGACCAAAAGUCAGAAUACUGCAGUAUUCCCCACACAAAUCAAUACAAUUAUGAAACGGAUUUCCAAGCCAGCAGUCUGUAUCAUUUGAAGCAAAACGGGGAGCAAAUUUGCUCUGAAGAUCAGAAAAGCAGAGCAAAAAUCCUAGAUGAAGUCACUAGAGGCACGAUCAAUUUUGAAUAUGCCCAGCUAAAUAGCAAAGCACUCUCCUAUUUAAAAGACUUCACAUUUGAGCUCAGUGCGGGUGAUCCAGCUUCUGCAGCUCUCAGCAGGCCCACGUUCCUACCUCUCCCCAGCACACCUGCUGCCCCACCAGCCAUGCACAGCCUGCCCCUCACCCCACAGUCCUGGGGGGCUGAGAAGCACAGCCCAGGGCCCUGGGGCUGCAUGGCAGGAGGGGAUGCCCUGUGCACCCACCCAGAGGCAGCAGCCCCAGACAGCACUGUGAUGGGGAGCAGCCACCUGUAGCAUAUCGUGCUGAGAAGGUGAGUGCUCAUGGGAGUCUGACAGGAGCGUGUGGCAGGUUGCGUCUGUCCCCUGCUAGCGGAGAGGCACCUAUGACUGUGUGGUCUGACAUGUGCUUGGGGUUCUCACAGUUUUCCAGUUUCGCUGCUCUUAGCUUUCCCUUCAGUGUGGCAGGUGAGAGUAUUCAGAAUGUAAAUUUCACUGCUCCCAAACGAGGGACCAUGUACAGCAACAUCACCUUCACUGAGCCUCACGAAUUCCAUGCAAAUGCUGAAGCCUUAUCUUCCACCCGGUGCAGAAGGCUUUACACAAGUUGAAGCAGUGAAACCUUUUCUUUCCUCUUCUCCCGGAUCUGUUGUGUUUGAAACAAAAGCAGGGAUGUGGUUGCCUGGCCACAGAGUGCAGUAAGCACCCUGCCUGAGCCCUCACCACCAAGUCACAAAAUGCUCUUCCUACCUAAUGACAGCUUAAAACCUGGGCCCUGCUUCCCCUCAGUGUAAACUGGGCAUCAGACAGCUCCCUCCUGCAGCACUUCCUGUGAGCUGCUGGGGACAGCCAGGCACAGGCUGUGCUAAGUCACAGGGAACUGGGCAUGCUGUCCUGCAGGGCUGCACCUACAGCGCACCCUGGUGCAGGGGGAAAGCCCACAACAGCUGCUGGAGGUGUCCCAGAGGGUACUGCUCCCUGCAAGGCUGCAGGCCUGGUGUCCUUCUGCAGAUGCAGCUGUCUCAGGCCAAACAGCGCUGGAGCUGCAGCAAUGUUGUGCUCAAGAGGGAAAUUCCAGGGGCUGUGCUGCACCUCAAGCUUUGAAAGUCCUUGAGCCACACUUACAUAGCAUGGGGACAUCCAGAUCCUGGUCUCUGAUGUGGGGUAAGACACUCUGCUGUACAGAAGGCAGAACUGUGGUGCAGCCAUGGCGCUAGUUCAGAUCUGUCCAUCACAGGGCUUUGGGCUACAGCAGACACCGCCUAUAAGAUAUGGCUUUAACUCGGCUCCAGGUGGGAAACCCUCUGUCCCCCACUUGCUGAGAGGGUUAUGUCCAAGCAGGAUAAAACACACAUAAGCUCUCUGCCAUGUGCCUUGGCAAAUCUGACAAACCAGCUGCAUGCUGAAAAGGUGCCUUUGGAGGUGUUGGAAGAUGGCAGGAGGCUGCAGCAAGGGCAGGGGCGGCAGUAAGGAACAGCUUGUUACUGCAGAGGGGGACCCAGGGAACACAUCUGGCCCUGGCUGACAGCACUGUGACUGCUCCCUGGCAUCUCCAAAGGCUUCUCAAGCAGCAGAAAACAAGGGCAGUGUUUCUCUCUGCAUGAGCCCAAAGCAGCCUUGCAAUUUCAAACCUAGGGAGACUCAGCUAUGUACUCUGCUACCUACAUCUUCAUGAAGAUGCCCUUCAUCACUCAGAUCCCCCAAGACAAGGGAGGAGGGUUUCAGGGGUCUCUGCAGACCGUCUUCAGUCCCCCUCACAGAGGCAUAAUCCAGUCAUAAGUUCAGCAGUUUGUGGUCACAGCUGGUACAUGUAAGAAACCAGUGCUCGGCACAGAUCUGUCUGCGUAUGGGCCCAAUAGUUGCUGUUUGCUGUAUUAGCACACAGAGUGCUGCAGCGUGGCAACAGCUGGAUGGAACUGCACAGUGAGCAGGCAGAGCGGUGCCAGGGAACCACUGCACUGCAUCAGUACUCAGACCUGCAGUGGCAGGAGUGUCACACAGCUCAUGUGCUGUCACCGGAGUCCAGAGAGAAGAUAAUUUUUUUUCCAGAAGGGGUCUGCUGAUUUAUGACAGAGGUUUCUCUAAUGGUAAAACGAAUAGCAUUUUAAAACUUUUAAAACUUUAAAACUAAAAUGGCAUUUAACACUGUCAAAAGAAAUGGCUGUGGUGACAGAUAGAAACACUGCCAUGUGACCAAAUUUUCCAGCCCAAUGUCUUCUCCCCUGCCUCUACUACCAGAUGGCUUACGGGUCUGCUGGAAAUCUUGUCUAUUUUUGGAAGGUGACUCAGGGUCUUUGCCUUACCCAUGGGGGUGGUGGUGUACAAUGGGCAGCAUGCAAACAUGGUGUCAACUCUGAAUCCAUGGAGAUAGGCAUGCAUCACCAAGAAGCACUCCUACUGUGGACACGACUGUGCAAACUCCAGGAGCUUACCCAUUAAGAGUACUCUGAGGUUCACUGUUUUGCCAAGCCAGAGCCAGCACCCCGCUUUGGCCCUCAGAGCAAAUGCUGCAUAAGCAGCUCCAGCACAGCCCUUGCUCCUCCCAUGGACUCUCAUGGUGGGGAAGGUCAUCUUUCUUGCCAUUUAUUGCAGAUAGAGGAAAGGUUGAUGUCAAAAGCCAUUCAGAUCUCUGGGUAUUGUCACCCAGUCUUCACAUGUUUUUGUACCCACAGGAGCAAACACACCCACCCUCUCUGCUCCAACUAGUGUGCAGGGUUUCCCUUAGCCACACUUGAUCCCCUGGACUGCUCCACCUUGCAUAGCUAACAGUAUGAGAAACACCAGCCUGAGCUCUUCUUCUGUUUCUCUCUUUUUUGACAAAAAUUUGCAAAUGCCUCAUAUUUGAUCUGACCAGGAAUUUGAACUGUGAUGGUAAAUAUCAUCCUUAUACGGGGAUACAGAAGGGUUAAGCAGACAUUGGAAAUUAUCAGUAAAAAGUUCAAUGAAUGGCAGAAAUAUCAUUCUUCAAUGUAGAAAGGCUAGGACUUAGGAAGCAAAUGCAGUUCAUUUCUGAAUAUGGGGAGAAUUCCUGGAUUUGUGGAAUCAUCAGCUGUGGAAUCCAAGCUGCAGAAGUCUGUGCUUUUCAGCUAGUUGCUUUCCAGUAGGAAACUCUUCAGCCUCCACAAGGGAACUUUGUCCCAAAGCAGUGUGUUGGGAUCUCUUUUCCUGACUGCGAAAAUCUCUGCAGAAGAGGCAGACCACCCCAGCGCCCCAGUGACUGGGCACGGGCAGGCAGAGCUCCCAGCAGACCUCAGCCUUUCAGAACACAGAGCCAUUUCUACCACACAAGGUGGUGUGAAAUGUAUCUUCUGUUAGCUGGUAGAAACGGCAGAGCAGCAAAAUGCACGCGUGCUCCCCUCGCUAUGUGCUCUCAUUUCAUUCAGAUGCUGAGCAUUAUGCACUGGUUGAUGCUUUCAGAUGUGUUUCAGUGAUAGCACUAAAUUGAGUGUAUUGGAAUAACCUUACCCUUGGGUCAGAAAAGAAUAGAUAACUUUCCAUCAAAGAGGGAUUGCCGUAAUAUAUAGGGCAGCUGUAGAUGAAAGGAGACAGUGUAUGUGAUUGCUGUUAUCAAGGAACCGUGAUUCAGAAGCUACACUGCAAAGUGACACAGGAAUGUGUAUCCAAUCCUCACCAACAAAAGGGCUACUCACAGCCUAGGCAAUUUCUGUAAUGCUUUUUAAUUGCGCCCAGUUCAAUUUUAUCCCCUUUGUCUAAAAAAAGGCUGCAUUUCUGCUCGACAGAUAUCCUCUAUCUGCAAAGCAUAGGAAAGGUGGAGACUGCAGGAUUUAGGCUCAACAAAAAGACAAUGCAGAACUGUGCCUCAUCUGCAGAUAGGCGAUGGUCUGAUAAAUUACAGUAUUACUUCCCAAAAUGUCCACAGAGAUUUCUCAAUUGGUGAAAACAUGAAUGCAAAAUCCCUCAGAAAUACACAGUAACAAGUCAGAAGCCUGGAGCAGUACAUCUAUAUGUUCCCAUGCAUUCUCCAUGGUAUAGAAGAGUGGUCCUCUCCUCAAUCUCACAUAAUGAAAUGUAAAAACAAUAAAAUGCAGAGACAGCCAGCACACGUGCUGCAUUGGCAGUGCCUCUGGCUCUGAAACAUACACUUUCCUAAUGUGGUCUGCCCAGAUUGUCUUGCACUGAGGCAACUAUUGAAAUCUCCUCUGACAGUCCACCAGCCACACACACACACACACACACACACACACACACACACACACUCCCAUUCAGACAAAUGCAUUGCAAAGUAGAAAUGUACUGCUUGUCACAUACAGUCCCACAUAACCAAAGAGGGAGGCAGAGGGGACAGGUCAUAGCCUCUGCUGACACAUUGGAGUGUUAGCCACCAUGUGCCCAGAUACUUGGGCUAAAUGCUAAAUUGAACAAUUUUCUCUCUCAUUAAACACUGUUGUUGCUGGA